UCUGGGUCAUUCGGAAAUCCAAAUCUGCUCGCUGGCGAGGUGUCUAGACUGGAGAGCGCAAUUUAGUUGCAAGCUGACUGUGGUAAUAUCUACUUCGAAACCGAUUUGGGCUCAGAGAUGGAUAGUUUCGACGUCUCCACUGAGGACUUUCUAGCUAAUGGAUUCUACCAGUUCUACACCGAAUUCCACGAGGAUUUGUUCGAUGUUUUACAACAUGACGAGCAGAUGUUUGAAGGUUCACCUGCGCCUUCGGAGUUCAUUGACACCAAGCCGAACCAGGAUCUCCCAGCUAGCGAUGUCAACCUAGAAGCCAACGUUGAGAAUUUCAUCCUAGAAUAUAGUUGCAUCGACUUUAGCGAGAUAUGGGAAAAGGACUUCAAGUUCCCGGAGAAAACGUUUCUAUGCGAUGAUUCGUGCGAUGCAUUGCUGAGACACAACACCAACCAGUCGAUUCCAACCGACGACAGUAACCUUCCAGCGGAUGGAAACGACGAUCCCCCGUCUAGUUUCGUUUGUCCGUUCGAAACCUGUCGCAAAGUGUACGCCAAACCGGUACAUCUCAAGGCCCACCUGCGGAGACACCUAGGCGAUAAGCCGUACCACUGCAAAUGGACCGGCUGCAAGUGGCGCUUUUCCCGAUCUGACGAACUUGCACGGCACUUCCGGUCGCACUCCGGGGUACGGCCGUACAAGUGUGACUUUUGUCCCAAGUGCUUCUCACGAUCGGAUCACCUGGCCAAGCAUCGGAAAGUACACGAGCGAAAGUUUGCCGCCGGCAAGUGCAAAGGCGUGUGGGUUAGUCUGCCGCGUGGUAAACCAGGAAGGAAACCGAAGGCCUCCGAUAAAGGAUAACCAGGAGCAGACAUUCAUUAUUUUCGUGACUUGUGACACACAUAGUUUUCAG